GUGCGCGGCAGUGGUGUGCGGCGCGCGCGAGCCGUGCGCGGCGAUACGAGCGAGAGACGCAGCUUGGACCGGGAGCGCGGCCGGGGAUGGCGGCCGGCCGCCGCUGGGCGGACGUACACAGGCGGUGGCGCAGGUGACCUGCUAUGCCCAGGUGGGGCCGGGGCGCGGUCACCUGCCAUGCGCCACUCGGCAGUUUCGCCAGCUCCCUCCUGCUCCGAGCCGCUGCCCAGCACUCGUCGAUACGUGGCCGUCCAGUUGCUCACCAGGGAGGUGCUCUACUUCAGUGUUGAGACAAAGUGCAAGUUGUCGGAGCUGUAUGCCAAGGUGUGCGACCGGAUGUGUAACCAGGGCCUGCAGGACCCGGCCCUGUUCGGAUUGGCGAUACCGAUAGAUGGAGAAUAUGUGUUCGUGGAUCCAGACAACAAGAUAUCGAAGUACGCUCCGAAAGCAUGGAAGUCAUCGCAUGGAGAUGGCCUGGACGGCUCGAGCCGGCCGCUCCUUCAGUUCGGUUUGCGGGUCAAGUUCUACGUGGACUGCCACCUUCUUCUUAGGGACCGGGUCAGCCGACACCACUACUACCUUCAGCUGCGGGAGAACGUGCUGGUGCACCGCCAGAUGUGCGGUCAGGAGACGUGCCUGCUGCUGGCCGCCUGGGCGCUCCAGGCCGACGUCGGCAACUACCGCGAGGGCGCCGGCAGGGCUUACUUCCAGCCGGCCGAGUACUUCCCCAAAUGGCUGAUCACCAAGGUGGGCGUCGACUACAUCCUGGACCACACGCCGCCGCUUCACCGCGACAACAUGGACAUGCCGAAGACGGAGGCGGAGCUAGCCUACAUCAAGGAGGCGUCUGCGAUGGAGGCGCCCCACAACCUGCACCUCUACCGACUCAAGCGGCGGAAAUCUGAGCCUUCCGGCUCUAUCCUGCUCGGCAUCUGCCCCAACGGCAUCGAACUUUAUGAGGAGGAGAAAAACAACGCACGGAAGCUGCUGGCGUCGUUCGUGUGGACCAACAUCAACAACUUGACGUUUGAGAAAAAGAAGUUCGAAAUUGGAGCGCUCACCCAGAAGUUUACUUUCUACACCGGACACGACGAGAAAUCGAAACACCUGUUCCUGCUCUGCAAGGAGAUCCACAUGUUCACGCAGUCGCUGAAGGAACGCCUGGCGGAGAUCAAGCAGAAUUCAUACGAAGAGCGGCGGAGUCUGGGCGGAUCACUGCAGUUCGCCGGCGUGCUGCGCUCCGGCUGGGAGUACCUGAGCAAGCCGGGCAGCUCAACUGACCAGCGCGUCUCCGUCAUCUCCAACACGUCGUCCAACACCACGUCCGGCAUCGUCUCCGACCGGACCGUCCAAAGUCUCGACGAAAGCGAUGAUGACCUGCAGAGCGAGAUCAUGAUCAACUCGCCGCCGGCCGAGUCCGUGGAGAGCGGCAUGGACUCGCUCACCCGCUCGCUCUCGCAGCUGGACUCGGCUUCGCUGCGCUCCUCCCAGAGGUCACCGACAGUGGAGGAGGACACGAUCCCUGCGCCGCGCUGUCUCACUGACAGCGUCCAGGCGACCGCGACCUCCUCCCGGCCGUCGCUGGCGACAACGGCGACGGCGGCAGCAGCAGCAGCGGCGGCUGCGGCGGCCGCGGCAGCGUCCGCCGACGGGGCGCCCCAGGACGUCAGCCGCACGGGCAGCGUGCACAGCUCGUCGUCGCAGCACUCGGCGUCGACCGUCCGCUCCCGCUACUCCCUAGUCAAGCUGCCGGCGCAGGCGGUGCACACGGUGCUCGGCGGCGCGCCGGCGUCCGGCUGCGCACACGCGCAGAAGGGCAUGUUCUCGUCGCCGGCCAACUGCUGCAGCACGUGCGUGGAGGACGAUACAGUGUCGGUGUGCAGUGACGAGGCGGCCGGCCCGGGCAGCCCGUGCGCCGCGUGCCGGGCGCGGACACGAAAGGGCGCCGCCAAGGCGGAGGAGCGGUGCUCGUGCGGCGCCGGCAGCGCUGGCAGCGACGGCGCGAGCGUCAACUCGAGCAGCACGCUGAACGCGCGCCAGGGAGAUUCGCCGCGCCACGCGGCGUCCAGCUCGGCGGCGUCGGAGAGCCUCAGCCUGCAGCACCUCUCGCAGGGCAGCGUGGCGAGUGGCGUCAGCGCCGCCAGCACCGCCGACUCGACGCGAGCGCUGGACGACGGCGACGACGCCGCCUCGCUGGCGGCCGACUCGUCCGUGUACAACCUGUCCGAGGACUACGCGGCGCUCGACGCCACCGGCAGCGACUUCGCGCCGUUCUACAAGGCGGCGGCUGGCGGUGGCGUGCCGGCGGCGUCGGCCGAGGAUGAGGACGCGACGGCAGCGGACAAUGUAAGCGUGCGCAGCGGCGCUUCGGCCACGUCCAACUCCAGCAGCCAGGCGGCCAUCGACUACAGCGUCCACUCUGCGCACACGUCGGUCGGCUCUGUCAUCACGACGCCCGGCUCGUUCCCGCGCAAGACAACUGUGUCCAGCACGUUCGACACGGACAGCGACUACGUGCAGGUGCCGUACGACAGGCACGGCCAGUUUCGCAUCGCCGAGACGGGGGCGACGCCCACGGCCGUUUCCAUGGCGACGGUGACGACGGUGACGCGCGUCGGCCUGGCGCAGUCGUGCCAGACAGCCGAGGCGGACGAGCCGCCACCGCCGCCGGCCGAGGCGCCGGCGCGCUUCAUCACCACGCGGCCGCUGAUUACUGUGUUCCGCGCGCACGCCAGCGCCGCCGUCACACAGACGCCGAGCUUCGCCGAGCUGACGCUGGGCCGGCUCUACGCCAACCUGGAAACGGCUGGCGGCGCGCCGGCCGCCCAGCAAGUGUACGCCAACCUGGCGGCGGCGGCAGCGGCGGCGCGCCUGCAGCAGUACGACCUGGCGGCGGACGUGCCGCGGCCCGGCCUGGCCACCGUUUACAUCAACCAGGUGACACAAACGCAGAUCGAGCAGUUCCAGCGGCAGCUGCUCUCCGACUCGGACUACGUCAUCUACCCGCUCAAGGACCCGGACAUCAGCCGGCAGGAGUACAUGGACGCCAAGGACUGCAGCCUGGUGGCGGGCGGUGCUGGCUGCCUGCCGCCGCCGCCGCCAUACCGCGCGCCCAAGUUGAGCUCGCAGUACCGCAGCACGCCGACCGUGGCCGCUUCGCUGUACGGCAGCACGCACGCGUCCAGCGCCUCCAGCCUCAACCAGACGUACAGCUCGGCGUACUCGGUGUCGGACCGGCUGGACGGGCUGCGCCGGCGACAACACCACCUCAGCAGCCACUCGCUGGCCUCCAACGGCACGUACCCGUCGUCGGCCAGCCUGUCAGGCAGCUGCGAGCCCUACUCGGACGUGGAGCUGUACCGCGCGGCGCUGCUGGCGCGCGGCCACCGUCGGCCGGCCGGCGUCGUGCGCGCCAAGUCGGACGACAAUCUGCUCUCGUCGUCGGCCGACUUCCUGGCAUCGCGCACCCUGCACGGCCGCCCGCCGCCGCCCUACAGCCAGGCACGAGCCCAGGUGUCCCAGCACUACAGCGUGUCCCAGACGCUCCCCAGCCAGCUGAUGUUGCAGCGUCAGCAGCAGCAGCAACAACAACAGCAACAGCAGCAACAGCAGCAACAUCAGCAACAGCAUCAGCAGCAGCAGUCUGCAGCCACGGUGAGCCAGCAGACGCUGCUGAAGCACCAGCAGCUGAUCCGGCGUCACCUGGAGCGGAUGAGCCAGCAGGCGCCGGCGUCGCGCGGGACCGCCGCGCUGCGAACGUCGCCGGCCGCCCUGGCCAGCAGCCACCAGACGGCAGCAGCGCUGCACGGGCUCGGGCAACCGAACAGGAGUCUGCAGGCCGGUGUCCAGCAGCAGCAGCAGCAGCAGUACAUUCAACAGCAACAACAGCAGUAUGUACAGCAGCAGCAACAUCAGCAGCAGUAUGCACAACAGGAACAGCAGAAAUUUGUAGAACAGCAGCAGCAAUACUUGCAGCAGAAGCACCAGCAGUACAUACAGCAGCAGCAGCAACAGCUGCUGCAGCAGCCGCUGGCGCCGGCGCCGGCGCUGCGGGACGACGAGCUGGACAUGGACGGGCUGCGCGCCGCCAGCCGUGACAUGGACCUACCGCUCAUCUCUGCGCUCUUCAACGACCGGCUGCUGCGCCGCUCGGCGGCGGCGCGGCCGCGCACCUGGCACGAGACGGCCACGGGUCACCAGGCCGGCCAGGGGGCGCCUCCGAUCCGUUUCUGGCUGGAUGGCCGUACGACGUACCAAAAUUAG